AUGAUUCAUGAUAGUCGCACCAGGAAGCGAGCCUUCGUCCACCACUACGUGGGUGAAGGCAUGGAGGAGGGAGAGUUCUCGGAGGCGCGCGAGGACUUGGCUGCCUUGGAAAAGGAGCCUCUUCCGCGCGAGGGUUGGGCUCGCUGCCCUGCAUCUGGUCUGCCGGUGCUGCGUGGCAACAGUCAACAGCUGACCGAUAUGUGUGUGAGAGAGAGAGAGAGAGAGAGACAGAGCAAGAGCGAGAGAUUAGCUGGCAAGCAAGCAAGAGACAGACGGACAUGCAGUCGAGAGCUGCGAGCCAAGAGCUGA